AUGCGUCGCCUUUACCAUAGGCCCGACCGUUCGACCAUUGGUCGUGUCUUGAAAGGCGCCGACCGAUGGCGGAUUCCUGACGACACCGUCGACGCUAUUCGGGUCCGAGGCGGGGCAUUCCCCGAUCUGGAGCGCGCGAUGGCACGCUGGAUUGCCAACGCAGGCCCUGCCGGCGUCCCGCUCACCCUCGCGACGAUCCGCGACCAUGUCGCGACGAUGGCGCAAGCGAACGGCGCGCCUCCGACAUUCCGUUGCAGCAUCGGCUGGGUGCGCCGUGCGCUGCGCCGCCAGGGUGUGCGCUGCAUGAGUGCCGUCGGCGAGGUGGCCGACCAGGAUAUGAACGCCGUACGCACGACAAAGGAGAAGCUUCCGCAGCUUCUCAUGCAUCUCGGCGUGCGACCGCGUGACACUUACAAUUUUGACGAGACGGCGCUUUACAUCAGCGUGCUUCCUCGCAAGACGUACGGCAUGGGCAGGGCUGCCGGGCGGAAGCUCCCGAAGGAACGCCUCACCGUCGGCUUCUUGGUUAACGCGGAGGGGACACACGCCUUCCGUCCGCUCGUCAUCUCCAAGGCCAAGCGGCCCCAUGAUUUCAGGCCGGAUUUCGACCCCGAGGAAUAUUGCUACUGGCGCAACACUGCUAAGGGGUGGAUGACUAAGGCGCUAUUCACGCACUUCUUUAAGCAGUUUGACACCGCCAUGUACGCUGAGGGCCGCCAGGUUGUCGUGCUGCUCGACAACGCAAGCAGCCACACCCUGAUCACCGAGGGCGCGGAAACCGAAGACCUUUUCGGAUUCCGCACGAAGAAGCUCAACAACGUGCGCUUGGUCUACCUGCCGCCAAACACCACGUGCUUCACGCAACCCCUCGACCAAGGGAUGAUCGCCAUGGCGAAGGCGCGGUACCGCCAGCACUGGCUCCGCGCCUUCUCCGGCAUGUGGACCGCAGAUGGCGCGACCGCGGCGGCGACGAGGUACAAGCCGAACCUCCGUCGUGUGCUGGAGUGGUUGCAUGACGCGUGGAUAAACAUCCCGCGUCGCACUAUCCAGCGCUGCUGGUGGCGCACCGAAUGCCUCCCGCGGGCAUGGGCGAUGGAGCUGCAGGACGUGGAGCUCCCCGCUGACCCACAGCUCCCGGCUGGCGGCGACAUCGGCCUGGACGAGGAUGUGAACGACGUCGGUAUUUUGAUCGACCGCCUCGGCCUCGGGCCGUCGGCGAUGGCCGCAGCAGACUUUGUCGGCAUAGAUGACAACCAGCCGGUGUGCGCCGAGCUGGGCGUGGACCCCUUGGCGCUGGAGCCGGCAUCGGCGGACACGGCGCACGUGUGGGAGGCGCCUGCGUCGAUGCAGGCGGUGUACGACGACAACAACUCUGCGACGCGCGAAGCACGUCGCACGGCUCGCGCCGCGUGCGAGAUGCUCAUCGGGUACGCCCGUGCGACGUGCAUCACGCCGAGGGAUUUGUGCGCGCUGUUUGACAUCCGCAACCCCCUGAUCAUCGCGCGGAUGGAGCGCGCGAGCCCCGCGCUCAACCUGAACGCCGCUCCGGCGCCCGUCAUGACGCACGAGGACACCCCGCCAGCAGAGACUCCACGUCGCCGUGGUCGCGUUCUGCCGGCGUGGAUGACGGUGCCGACCCCUGACUGGAUUGCCCAGUCUGCUCGCCGGCAGGAGCUCAUUGACGCUGGGGCGCCCGCCGUGACGGGCGGCUAUGUCGCGGCGGCUGAGUGGAUGAGGCUGUGA